GUUCCUUCUUCAGCUUUCAUGUGUCAGUGAGCUGUCAGUCAGCCAGGCUGCUGCAUCUUGGCCUGAGUCUUUGGUGGCCUGCCUGCAGCCCAGCUUGCAGGAUGAAGGCCCACUGGUGGAGCUGUGUGUUGGGACUACUCUGCAUGCCUGCUGAGGUAUUGCUCAGCACUUGGACAGUGUCUCAAGAUCCCUUGUCCAUCUCUCUAAUGAGAGUCAACUCAUCUGCUGAGAUCACAUGCUCCACAUCAUUGACUCAACCGCUGGGCUUGUACCUGCACAGGCGUUUUUAUUACAAAAGGGACGUACUGUACCUGCACUUGGAAAAAGGCCUGGUCACCAAGAAUACCACGGCUUCGGAAUUUGUUGGCCGAAUCCACAUAGCCCAAAACCAGCAGACCGAGGGUGGCCAUGGGAUCACACUGAAGCUUUCUCUGCUGGGGCUGGUGGACACAGACUUGUAUUACUGCAGCUGGAAAUACUUCAAAUCAGAGACAUCGUUGGUUGAAACCCUGCCCAGCAAUGGCACCAUUAUUAUUAUCAGAGAGAGAGAUCCCCAGGAGCACUGCAGGGACCACAUUUUGGAUCUCAUCUUUAUCGCCUUGAGUGUGACAGCAUUCAUUGUGGUAUUGUUCCUCUUCAUUGGAGCACUGAUUGUGAGAUGCAAACGUUUUAAAAGGCAAUUCAGACCAGCCAGAGCUGCAUAUCCACCCAGAGCUGCACACCCACCCAGAGCUGCACACCCACCCAGAGCUCACAGGCCUCAGCAUGUCUGUCCUCAGCAGCGAGUUCAACAUUGUCCCUAUUUAGUCACAUCCGUAGAUACUUUGGACUUCAGGGGCAUUCUGUAAGGCUAAGAACUAAUGCAAUGACGAUUGUAUGAGAUCAUGAUUCUUAUUGUAAAUGUAUUGCUCAGAGGCUUCGUAUUAGAUGACUGGUGUAUCUUUUGAGUCAGCAGCACCUCGCCUUGUGUGCUCAGGAAAGGUGUCUCACUUCUUGCUCUGCUUUCCAUUUCCUUUUAUACACAAAUUUGUUCUUUGUUUGCAGAAAAGUGAUCGAGCUACCACAUCCUGGCUGAUGUGGGGUGUACAGGUGCUAUGCGUGCGAACAGUGUUUGUGACUUAAAACUGCAAAGAAAGUAUUAUUGUUAUUUUACGUGAUGUAUUACAUGUGGGCUUGAUUUGUUUACUUUUGCAGGUUUAUCCUAUGUGUUUCCUUUGUGUCUUGUAAAUACGUGUUUGAAUUUUUAAAUGAAUGUGAACCACAGUUUCCUGUCUGAAUCGAUAUGCACAAUAAAUCCACACUUUUUCUCCA